AUGGAUGUCUCUGACAACGAAAAGCAAUAUGGAGAGCCCCAUGUCCAGGAUGACAGCUCCAUGGACGAGGAUGCCGCCAAACUUGCGGCUAUGGGGUAUUCCCAAGACAUGACUCGGAAAUUCUCCAUUCUGUCCCUACUGGCUGUAGGUUUCUCGCUGACAAACUCGUGGUUUGGUAUUUCGGCCUCUUUGAUUACCGGUAUCAACUCUGGCGGUCCAGUUUUGACAAUCUAUGGCAUCCCCUGGAUUGCUUUCAUCUCAACCUGCGUUGGAAUCACUCUCUCGGAACUGGCGAGUGCCAUGCCCAAUGCUGGGGGGCAAUAUUUUUGGGCCAGCGAACUGGCUCCUAGAAAACAUGCCAAUUUUGCCUCCUAUUUGACCGGUUGGUUUGCGUGGACUGGAAGCAUCUUCACUUCUGCCAGUGUUGCCUUGAGUCUGGGACUGGUUGGUGUGGGCAUGUACCAACUGGCACACCCUGACUUCGUACCGAAGGCAUGGCAUGCUGUCCUUGCUUACCAGGUGAUCAACACGUUCGCUUUCUUGUUCAAUUGCGUGGGCAAGUUGCUUCCCAAAGUCGCAACGGUGACUCUUUAUACCUCGCUUAUCUCCUUCAUCACCAUCUUGAUCACCGUGCCAGCUAAAGCUAAAACCCACCAGAGUCCCGAGUUCGUUUUUGCGACGUUUAUCAAUUCUACAGGCUGGAAGUCCAACGGUAUCGCAUACUUGGUUGGAUUGAUCAAUUGUAAUUGGGUUUUCGCCUGCCUCGACUCCGCAACGCACAUGGCCGAAGAAGUUGCCCGACCUGAAAAAGCGAUCCCAAUCGCCAUCAUGGGCACCGUGGCUAUUGGCUUCACUACCGCAUGGUGCUUCGUUAUUUCCAUGUUUUUCAGCCUUAACGAUUUUGAUAAGGUGGUGAACAGCGCCACUGGUGUUCCAAUCCUGGAGCUUUUCCAUCAGGCUCUGGGCAGUAGGACAGGGGCUAUUGCUCUGCAAUCCCUGAUCCUGGCCACUGGUAUGGGAUGUCAGAUUGCGUCACAUACCUGGCAAUCGCGACUUUGCUGGUCCUUUGCACGCGAUCGCGGACUACCAUUCCAUGCGCUGCUCUCCAAGAUUGACCCCAGACUCGAUGUUCCCUUCAUGGCUCAUUCGGUCAGUUGCUUUAUUGUAGGCAUUCUUGGGCUUCUCUAUCUUGGAUCUUCGGCUGCAUUCAACAGCAUGGUCACAGCUUGCAUUGUCCUGCUGUAUGUUUCGUAUGCCAUCCCGAUCAUUUGCCUGCUGAUUCGCGGGCGCAACAACAUCAGCCACGGCCCAUUUUGGCUUGGAAAGCUUGGUAUGGCUGCGAACAUCAUUGUCCUUGCUUGGACAUGUUUUACCAUUAUUAUGUUCUCGUUCCCUUCUGUAUACCCUGUUCAAGUUGGCAAUAUGAACUAUGUGUCUGUUGUAUAUAUGGUAGUGAUUGUCGUCAUCGUCAUCGAUUGGUUUGCGCGUGGAAGACGGGAGUUCAGAGGCCAGUCGACUCGCCAUACCGAGGUCGACUUGAUCGUGCGAAGAGAAAGCACCAAGGGCACCUCCUACGCCCAGCAGGGUGGCAUUCCUCCACAAGCACAACAGUCGAGACUCAGCCAAGAAGCCCUUGAUAUGAAGAACACCAGAGACUCCGCCCACGAGUCCAUGGGCCUCUUGCAAUCAACAGGGGCCUUGCGGCAUGAGAAACGCAAAUUUCUACCUCCCUGGCUUCGCAAAAAACGCUGUUUUGCUUUAUUAAUAGUGCUCAUCCUCGCCGUGGGCACGACACUUGCUGUACUUGGUGGUUUGGGAAGGCUAGGAGACCUUGGAAAGAAGAAGUCCCAGGCGAUCGCGCCCAAAGAUGGGCUCUCUCCACCAUGGUAUCCGACCCCAAAGGGGGGAACAGUUUCAAACUGGUCAGAUAGCUAUAAAAAGGCCCAGAAAAUGGUAGAAAGGAUGAGUCUGUCAGAAAAGGUGAAUGUUACUACAGGAGUUGGCUGGCAAAUGGGUCUCUGUGUCGGUAAUACGGGACCUGCCACUUCUGUAGGAUUUCCGUCGUUAUGUUUACAGGACGGGCCCCUUGGUCUACGGUUUGCAGAUAAUAUCACCGCUUUCCCAGCUGGUAUUACAGUCGGUGCAACUUGGGAUCGAGACUUAAUGCGAAAACGAGGCCGACUUCUUGGAGUUGAAGCACGUCUCAAAGGAGUUAAUGUUCUUCUAGGACCAGCACUUGGGCCACUGGGAACGUUACCCGCUGGCGGCCGCAACUGGGAAGGCUUUGGAUCAGAUCCAGUUCUUCAAGGCGUUGCCGCAGCAGAAACAAUUAGGGGCAUACAGGAACUUGGCGUAAUUGCAACCGCAAAACACUACGUCUUGAAUGAACAGGAGCACUAUAGGCAGCCCCAUGAAUGGGGCAUACCUAAUGCCAUGUCAUCAAAUAUCGACGAUAGAACUUUGCGCGAGGUAUACAUCUGGCCGUUUGCCGAAAGUGUGAGAGCAGGAGUCGCUAGCAUCAUGUGCGCUUAUCAGAUGGUGAACAAUUCAUAUUCUUGUGGCAACAGCUUGCUGCUAAACGGCAUUCUGAAGGAUGAACUAGGAUUUCAAGGCUUCGUUCAGUCUGACUGGUGGGCUCAACAAGCUGGAGUAUCGACCGCUCUCGCUGGCUUAGAUAUGUCAAUGCCUGGUGGCGGUCCUCGUUUUAGCCCCGGAGUUUCGUACUGGGGCAGCAACCUCACGUUAGCUGCAUUAAACACAUCGGUCCCUAUGGAGCGGAUUAAUGAUAUGGCUACAAGAAUUGUUGCAGCUUGGUAUCAGAUGAAGCAAGACACGUGGCCCAAACCAGCUCCGGAGGGGGACGGCGGGCCGAACUUUUCGUCUUGGACGAGGGCGAAGGUCGGGCGCCUUCACGAAGGGAGCGAUGACAAAGAUGCUGUUGGCGUGGUAAAUAAGUUUGUGAAUGCCCAGGGAGAGGGAGACAAUGCACAUGGGCUUCUUGCACGACGAAUUGCCGCUGAAAGUACUAUCCUGCUUAAGAAUGAGGGCAAUAUAUUACCCCUAUCAAGAGAUGGCAACGGUCGAGACAAUGCAACCUACCGCGUGGGUAUUUUUGGAGAAGAUGCCGGUCCAGGAAAAGGCCCCAACUUUUGCCUAGAUCGAGCUUGCAAUCAAGGGACUCUUGGUUCUGGUUGGGGCAGCGGCGCUGUCGAAUUUCCCUACCUAAUUACUCCGGGAAAGGCGCUUAGUCAAACCUUCAACAAUGCAUCUGUUAAAGUGUCACUUCAUUACGAGAAUGAAGUUUCCGAUGCUGAUUUAAAGGAUAAAGAGCUUUGCAUUGUAUUUGUAAAUUCGAACGGGGGCGAAGGCUUUGCGAGUGAUGGCGAUAUCCGUGGAGACCGAAAUGAUCUCUUCUUGCAAAAAGGUGGAGAUCGUUUGAUAAAAGCUGUGGCCAGCAGGUGCGGCAAAGGUUCUGGCCACACAAUCGUUGUUAUCCAUGCUGUUGGGCCGGUAGUGAUGGAAUCAUGGGCGGACGAGCCUAAUAUUAAAGGCAUCAUACUUGCUAACCUUCCUGGUCAAGAGAGCGGAAAUGCAAUCGCGGACUUUUUGUUUGGCAAUGUUGAUGCUUGUGGCCGGCUCCCUUAUACUAUCGGCAAGAAUCUAGAUGAUUACGGGCCCGAAUCCAAAGUGCUUUACAAAACAGAUGACCCCGUGCCGCAAAAAGAUUUUUCACAUGGACUUUACACAGACUAUCGCUACUUUGAUCGGCAUAACAUCACUCCCCGCUAUGAAUUCGGGUUUGGCCUCUCGUACACCAGCUUCAAUUUCUCCGAUCUCACUAUUACACCCUUGCAGAACAAAACGGCCUUACCGUCUCCACGACCUGAGUCGGACGUUUCACCCCCCUCAUAUGACAACCAAAUCCCAUCAGUGAGGGACAGCCUAUUCCCAAACAAAUUCCGAAGGCUUUCUAAAUACAUAUAUCCUUACAUAUCUUCCGAGAGGCAAGUGACGCGUGGCAGCUAUGACUACCCAGUAGGGUACAAUAUAACCCAACAACCAUCCCAAGCGGGCGGCGGUGAAGGUGGCAACCCAUCACUUUUUGAACCGUUUGUCAAUAUAUCGGUUGUUGUAACCAACAUCGGCCGGCGGGCAGGAAAAGAGGUCGUCCAGCUGUACGUCUCUUUUCCGCAGAAUGUAACAGAUGUCGGGAACCCUACAACGGGUGGUGGUAAUACUACAGCAACCCACGGCACACAAGAUAGUAUUGAUUUUCCCAUUCGUGUGCUACGAGAAUUCCGCAAAGUCGAGCUGGACGCAGGCAAAUCAGCCACUGUGAAUAUGUCGCUGACGAGAAAAGACUUGAGCUUUUGGAGCACGAGACGACAAAACUGGGUGAUGCCGACGGAGGGUGCAUUUCGGAUAUGGGUUGGAAAUAGUUCGAGGGCCCUGCCCCUGGCGGGCCGCUUCUAA